AACCCACACAACAAACUGGAUAGGGUUUUAACGUCCACUUUCUGCAGUCAUGAAAACAGGGGAUGAUCUAACAGCUUUUCAAAUUUUACUGCUUAUACAUACGACAAAUUGCAGUAACUUUCUCAUUUUUCAUCUUGCAUUUACCAAAACCAUCUAAAAAAUUUUACAGUCUUUUUACCAUAUACUUUUACAGCACGAAAUGUCAAGGUUUUGGCUCAUUGCAUGCAUUCUUUGUGCAUGGAACUUGCUAGGGGCGGUGGAAUGUGGCGUGAGACUCAAGUCUCCGUCGUCGCAACCAUCGCCACGUCAUUCUCCGACUCCUGCACCGCAUUCGGGCAAUUCGGGGUCCGAUUGCGGUGCUAUGGUGUACCAAAUGAUGGAUUGUGCACCGUAUUUGGCCAAUGGGGGCAAGCAAACCAAGCCAGAGCCGAUGUGUUGUUCGGGAUUUAAGAAGAUUAUGAAGAAAAAUGAAACUUGUUUGUGUGCAGCUUUGAAGAGCACUGCAGGUUUGGGAAUUAGUUUGAAUGUUACAAGGGCCAAGAAUUUGCCGUCUGCUUGUGGUGUUUCUUCUAAGCUUCCCAAAUGUCAGAUUCCUGAUGAUUCUCAUCAUCAACCAUCUCCAGCUCCAGCUAAUCCUACACCAAAACAUCACAUCCAAGCACCGUCCAAGUCCAAAUCUCCAAAACCAGCACCAGAAGCUCCAGCUCCAGGUCCAUCGAAAGCUUCGUCUUCUUUAUCCACUUCCAUUGCAGUUCUCUCGACGUUGAUAAGUUGUGUCGGUUUUGUUCUCUAUGAAUCUCUAUGAUCAGAGCUCAGAUGUUUCUUAGAUCUUCAGGAGGGGUUUGUUUGGGUUGCAGUCAGAUCAGUAGUUUAUGUUUCUCAGGUUAUUUAGAUUGUUUGGUAGUAAUGUAAUGUAUCCUUAAUGGUACUUAUUUUAGAUUGCAAAUCAAUGUAGUCGGAAUAAAUUGUAUGGCCUUUUCUUCUACUCAAUUUGUGUAACCGAUGACUUCAAUUAGUGAAAAUAUCUUCAAUUAGUGACUGAAAUGUGCCUCUGGAGUAAAAUCUCUAUAAUUUAAUACGUCUCGAUGAUAAAUUUUAUUAAUUUAUUGAUUUAUGAAAGUCUGAUGUGCUACUUUCUUAUAUUGGAACAAAAAAUAAUUUUUUUAUAUAAUAAUUU